GUGUGGAUGUCGGUCGCUUUCGUGCGUGCUUUUGUUUCGCUUCUCUCCCAUCCGCCGUUGUAAUACGCGGUGGAUUUUCUAUUGUUAUCGAAGUGAGCUUUUUAUGUGCAUGUGUUUUUCUUUUGCAACAACAAUCAAAUGGUUUUCCAUUCGGAUCAGCUGCUUGCCUAGUGGAAUAGUGCAAUCGUUCGUUGGUGUUUGAAAUGUGCGAUGGUUUUUUUGUUCGUCAACCACAGCCCAGCUUCGCCUAUUUCUCAAAAGGUACCUCAAAUGUACGAAAAUCAUGUGAAAAGUGUGAAUGUGCAGUGAAAAGAAGCCAUUUGGCUAAGGUUUCACAAGUGGAAAUAAAAGAUCAUUAGUAAAAUCAUAAAAUUUCCAAGCCAGAUUCAAGUGCAAGCAAGCGCAGCGAGAAUAUUGAACAUUCGGCACGCGUAAAAAUCAAUAAUAACGUAGGGCAAGCGAAAGCCAUCGAAAAGCUUGGAUGGAAAACGAAGUGUUUACCGGAAAUGUGCCGAUAGAAAAAUUGAGUUUUUUUCGUACGAAAUCAUGAGUUGUUGUUCCUCAGGUUCUAAGCUACCUUUCGUUAUUCCCUUAGGUAGAAUAUAAGGCAAACUCCACAAGAAGCUAUCGAGCUAACGAUCUAAUGGCAGUCGAAUGGUAAAACAAAUGAAUGCGUUGUACAUGAAGGGACAUAUUGGUUGUUUUGUGUGUCCCUUGCUUGUUAAUCUCACCCUUCUAUUUACAACGCAUACUGUUUGUGGACGCGCAAGAAGCUCAUACCAAAAAAACCAUUACCAGAAAAUGCAAAUCGUUUCCCGCAACCAUGUGCUGCAUUUUUGUUCAAUUUGUUACUGCAAAAAAAAAGAAUUGUUUGCGAAUGGGGUGAGUUCUGCAAUGUUUAUCGUAAGCUUGCCCGUGCAUAAAACCCUUACUUGCAUCUUUCGGAUGCUGAACGUGUAAUGGAACAGGUUUUUGAUGGAUAGGUGAUUGAGUUUUGCUUUUUUUACCUCCUACCUGUAUCUGCCGUGUAAUUUAUUCCUUUUUCCUGUGUUUCGGACACUACACUACCUUGAGUAUUAGAUGCUGGAUUCUAUAUUGUUCCAGAACUUUUAUUCCAUUUUGUGUUUUAUACAUGUAUCGUGUUUGAUAUAUACAAUCAUCCAUACAGAAAAAACCGUAAAAAAAAUUUCUAUGCCAACUCGAUGAUGCGUUCCGAACCGGUAAUAUGGUACAGCAUGUGUUAGGAAAAUGUUAAAAGCAAUUUUAUGUUGUCAGUAGAGAUAAAUUCAAGCCAGUAGGAUUACAACAACCGUCUCUACGCGAGGUGAACGAAUUCAGUGUGUCUGCAGGCCUAGUGAGUCUGUUUGCAGCAUUUCUAGCAUUUUGGUGUUCAAAUUUAAAAGCUUUCUCAUUAAAGUAACCGAAGGUUUUCGUGUUUUGUGAUUAGUUUUGAAGUUUCAUUUUGCUGCUGCUUCUGCUGAAAAAAGAGAGAAUAUUCAUCAAUUCGAUCGCUCGUGUACGUGUGUGUGUGUGUAGGUGCGUGUCAAGAAAACUGUGAAUUUUGUUUUAAAAAAAGUAUAAAUCCCCAGUCGGUAAAACGUGUGUUACAAAAUUGGAGGAACUUUCGGUGUUCCAAACCCAAAAAACCGGAAGUUGAUGCGCAGCACCAGCAGAAACCGCCAGUCGUGUACCGGAAAAGUGUCAGCGCCUUAAUUCAACCACAACUGCCAGAAGGAUUCCAUCGUUGUAGAAGUAACAGAAAUCAACGUGAAGCAUAGAUUGCAUGUUUGCAACUCAUAGCCGUAUAGUGAGAAGACCAACUAUCCUCUAGAUCACUUACCAGGCAACGUGUCACUGUUGAACCAAACAGUUGGCAAAUACCUUCGCCGAAAGGAUAGCGUGUAUAAGCAACACCAACAUUGCAGAAGCCUGCUAGAAUCAAUUUCUGUUCCGACCAUUCAAGGAAGUUUCACAAAAACGGCAACAUGCCAGACGAAGAUAAGGAAUCCUCUGUACGGGUGGCCGUCAGAAUUCGUCCACAGAUACCGCGUGAGCUAAUCGAUAUGUGCCGGGUGUGCACGCAGGUCACGCCUGGUGAGCCGCAAGUUUUGCUCGGAUCCGAUAAGGCCUUUACCUUCGACUAUGUGUUCGAUAUGAGUACGACGCAGGUCUCGGUGUAUAAUAACUGUAUUGAAAAGCUGGUAGAUGGUGCUCUCCAAGGCUAUAAUGCUACAGUGUUAGCAUAUGGACAGACCGGAUCUGGUAAGACAUACACGAUGGGUACUGGGUUCGAACGAGCCGUGCCGGAAGCACAAGAAGGUAUCAUCCCGCGAGCCGUGCGACAUCUGUUCGAAGGUAUUGCACAGCUACAGCAAAAUCCGUACGACGAAAACGGGACGUAUCUUGGUACGGUGACGUUCAGCGUGGCCGCACAGUUUAUGGAGCUUUACAACGAGGAAAUUAUAGAUUUGCUCGAUCCUUACAAUAAAGGUGCACGUGUGUUUAAAAUUUUCGAAGAUUCAUCUGGCGGCAUUUCUGUAGCGGGUGCUACCAUUAAACCAUUGGCCGGUCCACAAGAAGCGCUUAACUGUUUGCAGCAGGGCGCGCUGGCACGUACCACGGCAUCCACGCAGAUGAAUGAACAGUCCUCGCGAAGUCAUGCACUGUUCACAAUUCUAAUUCGAAGGCAGCGUGUCAUGACAGCAGAACAGUGCGGUAAUGCGGAUGGUGAUACAGAGACGCUUACCUCCAAAUUUCAUUUCGUCGAUCUGGCUGGUUCGGAGCGACUGAAGCGUACGGGUGCCACGGGCGAGCGGGCUCGCGAAGGAAUCUCCAUUAACUGUGGUCUGUUGGCAUUGGGCAAUGUAAUAUCAGCGCUAGGCGAUAAAACUAAGAAGGUGUCCCAUGUGCCGUACCGCGAUUCGAAGUUGACCCGGUUAUUGCAGGAUUCGCUCGGAGGUAACAGUCAAACUAUAAUGAUUGCGUGCGUGUCGCCAAGUGAUAGAGAUUUUAUGGAGACGCUCAACACGCUGAAGUAUGCCAAUCGAGCGCGAAACAUUAAAAACAAAGUACAAAUUAAUCAAGAUCAGAGCUCUCGAACCAUAUCUUUGUUGCGGCGUGAAAUUGCCAAUCUACAGCUCGAGAUUCUCGAAUACAAGCAGGGCAAACGUAGUAUCGAUGCUGAUGGUAAUAUAGCGAUAUCGGAUGCGUCGAUUGAGAAUGAGAUGCUUACGCAAGACAACAAGCGAAUGCAACAACGGAUAAAGGCGAUGCAAGAAACAAUAAACGCGCUCACAGAAAAGAACGCAGCGUUGCAGGCACAGCAAACAAUUUCUUCGUUGAACAAGGCUUCGGCAGGCGGUGACGGUUCUGACCCUUCAAGCACGACAAAUGAUUCUAGUCUGAUCUCCACAACAGGUGGCAAUGAAUCAGCGAUACAGGAACUGAUUGUUGGCUAUAUAAGUGAGAUCGAAAAGCUAAAGGCUAAGUUAAUCGAAUCGGAACAAAUGUUCCAGCAGUUUAAAAAGGCAAAGAACUCACAGUCCAAGCUGGGCCUGAAAGCAUAUCCGUUUAUCGAAGAUAAUCCGGAAACGGUGAUCAAUCUGCUAAAGCACGAGAUGGAGAAGGAACGCGAAACGCUAAUGUCUCGAUCGUUACCGGGACUGGAAAAUGAAUCGAGCAGUUUGGAACAAAAUUCGGACAGUGAUUCGGAUACAGAAUCUGACGAUAAGGCUGAAGUGUUGCGUGCGGAAAUUUUUGACGUCAAUUCCGACAUUGAGCUGAAAGUACGCCUCAUUGAGCAGCUCGAAGAAUCUCAGCAGCGGUUGCAAAUAAUGCGCCAGCAGUACGAAAAGCAAUUUAAUUUAAUGAAGGAAAAAAUUUCCAAUACCGAACGCGAACGGGAUGAAGUACUUGCCACUAUAGGUAACGGCGGAAUGGGUGCUACGAACAAUAAGGGACAAAAUUCAACCAAUGAGUCUGCUAUUAAGCGUGUUAAGGAUGAUUACGAGCGAAAGCUAAACGAGAUGCGGCGCCAGCUGAAUCAUUUCCAAGCGACCAAUAAGGAGCAUCUGCGGCUGCAACGAAAUAUGCAAGCGCAGGAUGCAAAGAUCAAAACACUGCGGGGCGAGCUCGCGGAGCUGAAGCAGGUGAAGACGCGACUGAUGAAGAAAAUACAGGAGGAGAGCAACCGGCACAAGGAAAUGGAGAGCCGCAAGACGCGCGAAAUCGCGCAACUGCGAAAGGAAACCAGAAAGCAUAAGAACAUGAUAAAAUCCUUGCAGGCGCAGGGUGCUGCCAAGGAUCAGGUACUGAAGCGAAAGACUGAGGAGGUUUUCAAUCUACGAAAAUCGCAACGCGGUGUAAUGAGCUUAAAGGCAGCUGGACGUGUGCCGGCUACUGCUUCAAUAAAUAGCAUGCUGCAGGGUACAAAACGGUUCAAGAUGCGCUGGGAAGAGUUGCAGCGUACGAUCAUGCGUGCGGCUCGCUCACGACAAGCAAUACUCGAGCUGGAAAUGGAGCUAGAGCGCGUCAUGCAGGAGCGUGAUAUGCUUUGCCGUGAUUUAAAUAACCUGCGGCAGCGCAGAAAGGACAAUGCAGAAUCAACGCUGCACGAUCUAGUAUCGGAGGAAGACACAUUAAUUGCAAACAUGAACUAUUUGCACGAUACGAUUGAUGAGCUACAGAAAUCCAUCAUCCAGAUAGAGGACGGAAAGGAUUUGAGCACGGAGCACGCAAUGCUGCAAACACUGAUGGAUAACAUUGGUACCGUCGAGGAGGCCAAGUUUAUGUUGCAACGAGUAUGUAGCGUUACGAUCGGGCAUGUGUGUGAGGCGGGCGUGACACAAUCUAAGCUGCGCGAACGGGAUGCACUGCUUACGGAACUUCAGCGUGACACCAGUGUGCAGGAGCAGUUGCUGCAGUACAUUUUGACGCGAGCACCGGCAACAUCGACGUCGGAAACUAGCUUCAGCUCCGCGCAAUCGGCCAACUCGUACGUUAGCCAAUCGCAGUCCAAUUUGUUGGAAAAUGGUGAACCACAACCGUCCUCUUCGCAGUAUCGUUUGCCACACGUGGUUGAUUCUACGACGCGAAGCCCUUCACCAAGCAACAGCAAUACGAAUCUCGAUUCCAUCAUCACCUACAGGAACUCCUCGAAACAAAGACGAAACCCUGCCGUGGUGCCCUCGAUGGCUACCAUUCAGGAUUUGCUGUACGGCAGCAGCUCCGGCUACAUCGGUCCGGCCGGUGACGGUGUUGGCAUGCCGGAUAGGAAUAGCAAUGCCAGCACCGGUAUCGGUGGUGCCGAUGCUAGCAACGGAGUAAGCAGUGGCGGCAGCAAGCUUGAGAAAGUGGGUAUUUGUAUUUAUCUCGAGGAUUCCGCAGAUGAAGAUGACACGAAGCACCCGCCUUCUCUGCAGGACCGGCACGACAGGUCGGACGUUAUGACCCGCUCGUACACGAUACUGGACGGUGCGAUGGAUCCGGUCGCGGCUGCUAAUGCCGGUCUUCCAAUCGCUCCACCGCCGCCCGUGGCACCCGUGCCCGCCCGAACGUUUGUACCGCUUUCGCGUGUUCCAAGCGCACCCGGUUCGCUUAAAGGACUUCAACCGCACCAAGGGCUGUCGCGUCAGAACAGUACGGCAUCGCCGCUCCUUGCCAGAAAAUCAUUUGAAGCGAGUGCCGCACCACCGUCGCCAAGAAUCAGCCGGAGAACUUUCACCAGCAAAAUGUCUCCAGGAAUCGAGGACGCGAACGAUGUACCGACAUCACCACCAGUAUAUCGGCGUGGCGUCUCACGCGAGGAUAAUGGAGACGUAUUUUCACGCCUCGGAGCUGGAACGCAGGAUCCACAACCCGGAGGUAACAUCAAAGAGCUGAACGGAAGGUAUAAGGCUGGUUCUCCCCUUAUCUGUACCCAUGUGGUCGAAGGACACUCGAAUUCGGUGCUCUCAAUCAAGGUGAGCAAUCAGAUGCUCUUCACAGCGGCUGCCGAUCGGACGGUUAAGGUAUGGGAUUUGCGAGCGAAUGCUACUCCCCACUGUCUGACUGGUCAUCUCGGCCCGGUAGCAGCAGUUGAGUAUGAUCGCGUGAACAAUCUGCUCUUUUCGGCCUCGGGAGCGUUUGUUAAGGUGUGGGACCUGCGGAGUAGCAAUAUUCGUCCAAUAAUUACGCUAUGUUCCUCCGGCACGACUUUACCGGCGAAUGCAACACUGUCCGAUUUGGUACCGGGUGAAUGUUCCAUUACGGCACUAACAAUGGGAGCAUCCGGUAAACUUUACACGGCAGCUUCCGAUAAGGUCCGGUUCUGGGAUCUUCGUCAAUUCUCUUGCCUUGGUCGAUUGUCUGGCGGACAUCAGGCCGCCGUCAUGUGUCUGACUGCCUGGGAAGGCCCGAACAAUACCGAUCUGGUAGCGACAGGAUCGAAGGACCACUACGUGAAAGUGUUCGAGGUGAACUCGAGUGGAGGUGUUGUGCAGCCGCUGCUAAAUCUGGAACCACCACACUACGACGGUGUGCAGGCGUUGGCCGUUGCGAACGAUGCGAUCGGUGUCGAUGCGGAACUGUUUUCCGGGAGUCGCGAUUCCGGUAUCAAAAGGUGGGACCUGCGAAAUGGCGAGCUCAAGCAAUCGCUCAACAACGCACACAAAGGCUGGGUGUCCGGGAUGGCCAUCUACGGUGAUAUUUUGCUGUCUAGCUGUCGCGGUGGCGUUGUGCGCCUGUGGAAUAUUAAAACUUGCGACAGUUUGGCCGAAAUGAAAACGGAACAAUCGAUCAACGACAUCGUGACGAGCGAUAAUCGUGUAUUCACCGCUUCGAAUUCUGGUGAAGUACGGAUCUGGCGAUUUGUAACCACCGAUUGGGAUUCGCUGAAUGCAUCUUCCUCUGGUGCAGGAUCAGUCGGCGCCGGUAGCAAUGGUGGUGUUUGUGGUACUCUAACUGGUGGUACUGGUGGUGGUAGCGUUGGUACUAAAACAAAGCGUUAGCUGAAUUAAACCAGGAACAAUGAUACAUGUCGAUUCAAUGCAACACACUUCAAUAAUGUCUAAUGCCUGACUUUUAACAUUUAAACAUAAUAUCCGCCCUUAUGUCUAGCAUGUACCGUAUUAACUGUAGAUCGUAGGGCUAUUUCCAGUUCCUUAUGUGAUAGUUCAUGUUAGCGAAAGCUAAUUCCAAUGCGGCUAAUGAAAACAACUUCUUAGUGAUAGAAUAGGUGAAGAGAGUGCACACAUUUUGCACCGAAAGCUUAACCUUAAACGAUGCCAGGGAUUAGAGAAGACUUACAAUGUAGAGACUGUAUGUUUGCUUCAUCUGUGAAAGCCAACUAAUGAUCAACAAGCGUAGCUAAGUUAUGCAAAUAAACAAGUCACUCCUUCCUAACAGGAUCUUACCGAUUGACUCUAUAGUCGCAUGCCAUGAUUUUGCAAUUGUUGUGUCUAUGACUUACAGACCAUGUAAUUAAAUAUUACUUCACUUGACUUUAUCAUCAUAUAAUAAUUAUUUUUUCCUUAAUUAUAUGCAUAUUCACCUUAUGCUUUAUUAACAGUAAAAAUACACUUAAAGCAAACUAAGAAAUACUACUAGCAUGCAAUAAAGGAGAGAGAGAAUGUGGACGAAAAGUAGAUAGAAAUUCGUUGAAAAAAAUGAAAGAUUAGGAAUGGUUUGAAGCGAAAGUCUGAAAUACUUAGUAUGGAAAAGUGUGUUCCAGUUGAAAUGACAAGGGUUCUGCGGACAGUUUGAGUAUUCCUGUAGGUCGUCGGUUUCAUACACUGUGCCGUUGCUGGUUGGGCUGUGUAAAUGAUAGCUUAGCAUAGGCCUGGAGCUUGUACAUGUGUUACGAUAAGUUCACUGCUUUAUCAAGAUGUACGUUUGAACUGAUGCACGUUUCCCGUUUCUAUAUAUUCUUACUGAAAGGAUGUGGGCAAAAUUAUUCAUCUGGCUGAUGGCACUGGUGUGGACUCUACAGAUGGUAGUAUUCUUCUUCUGUCCCAUUAGCUGCCAGCCAAGAACAUAGGGCGAUUUCACUAUGGCACAUUAAAAGGAACGUGCAGUAGGUAGCACAUUCACUCCCCAACUGUGAGUUUCGGUCCUUGAGUGGGAAACCAAUCAAACAACAUUCCGUUCCAAUUGUGUUCUAUGAAAUUGUAAGCUCUGCCGCAUAUCCUGUAACUUGUGCGCUCAACUUGCGAUAUAAUUCGUUUGAUUUUGAUGGAAAAGUUCGCUUGUGGCGCGUUUCCUCCUCGAUUCGACGGCUAGGACCAAACGAGAGUAGCAUAUGACGCCAACGCACGGAAGCGAUGCCCGAAUCUGGCCGGUUGAUGUUCAAUCGACAGAGCAGUAUGCGCCAAAAUAUUAUGACCCAGUCGGCAGAGAACUCCAGAGUUCUUGGAGACGGCAGGGCAGCAUUACCAAUGACACGUAGUGGCUACAACUCAUCUUCCCAAGUAUCCUCCUCAACGGUGGUAUUCUCGUCAUCGUCAUCAUCCUCAUCGUCAUCUGCAACCAUGACAAACGCUUCCGUGCCUCCCUUAGCUACAGGUAGACCAUUAGUGCCCAUCAAUGCCGCGACCGGUUUGGCAUCGAUGUCAAACUCGUUGCGAAAUAGUAAGCUAUAUCGCAGCCUAAACCACAACUAUCUCAGUAUUCUGAAUCGCACAAAUCGAAGGUAGUGGUUCCUACUGGGGCUGUAUGGAUGGAUAUGCUAUUUUCAGUCGCUAAACACUAUCAAUAUUUUACUAUUCAUUCAUACCAUUUUGUUUUGCUGAUCGGACCCUGCAUUCGGAAAGCAAAAAGUAUACAUUCCCAGCAGGAUCUAGCUUGGCAGCUUGUUUUUUUGUUUUUGUGUAUAUAUACAUUAAAAGCAUCUCUCUGUAUACCUUCAGCUUUUGUUCCAUGGAUUAUACUGAAACAUUGAGCUUAGUCAACAAUAGUAAAACAUAGUAUUUUUACUUGGAGUGUAACUAUAUGUUUUUACAAACAAAACCCUUCAAAACGUCCGCUAUUCCUCCUUUACAUGACAUUUAAUUUGUGAAAGUUUUUU